CAUGAGAUGCGAUUGCUCGUGCAGUGAUCAAAAUGUCCUGCUCUCGAGAAUAUCACAGUUGCUCCGAGUCCUUCCAAGGGCGACAACAGCAACAUUCUGCCUUGUCCUGACCAAAAGGAUAAUGGCUGCUCGUUCACUGCACCCCCAAGUUGAAGCUGGAGAAGCUUCCUCCAAGCUUCUCCCCGGGCUUCAUGAUCCUCAUCAUCAUGUGCAAGUUAUCUCCACACGGACCUCGAGGAAACAAUGUAGAAACAAAGGCCUCGCUUGAUUGCCGCCUGAACCGAGGGGAAUUUGCCAUCUCUCAGAGCCUAGUGCCCCCAGCUUUGUGAAUCUCGUUGUGCGAUUUGUAAUCUUUGUAAUCUGCGAGUCAAUCGAUCGAUCGGCAGAUUACAAAUCUCGCAAAGUCGAGAAUGACGAGGCACGGAACCGAGAAAAGAAAUCGAUGGAGCAGCUGAGAGAUCGAUCGAAUGGCUGCAGAUUCUGGCAGCACGAAUGAGAAGGAGAGUGAGGGUGAGGGUGAUCGUGAGGGUGAAAAGUAGAACUCCGUCAAGGUCUGAAAAGCAGUCGAUGCGAGGCCGAGAGCGGUCAACAAUCAUGGGAAAAAAAAAAGGGUUUCAGCUCACACGCUGAGCACAAGGAAAUGAGGAGAAAACAUCAGGCUGACGUAUUUAACUCGCAGUCGGCUUGUCACCACUGGUUUGGCCGAGUCAUGUAGCACACAGCACCUAGCGGAGUACGAUCUCGAUUCUGGCAGGCCAGUGCUCGAGUUGAGGAGCAACUGUGGCACUGUGCGCCACUGUGGGAUCCAGCAUAUGCUUUUUCGAAUCAGUUCCAAGCACUCGCCGGAUCCCAGGACCUUCCGAUCCCUCCCUGUUCACGAUCAGCGCUCGAUCGUUGAACUCGAUUGCCUCCCAUUCAAGUACGUGUGGGAUGUUCAUGGGGACGGUGUGACGAGCAGAGCAGAAAACAGGAGAGAAGAGAGACUCGGGUCACCUAUUAGACACUGCACACAGCUUCUCAGAGCUCGCUGAAGCUUGGCAUUUCGCACUUUGAAGUAUUUCCAGCGUUCGCUCUGUUCAAUCUGUGUCUCCUGCAGCAGCAGCAUUCUGAUGAACGAAAUCCUCCGAGGUCUUGACAGUUUCUGGCCGUCCUGAGUGAGAGGCUGGAGAUCCCUCAGCGAGAGGAGUGAGGGUGCUCAUGAUACCCAAGUUUCAGUGAGGCCGAGAUCCAUCAGCAGCAAUAGCAGCAGCAGCAGCAAGAGCAGCAGCAGAAACGUGGUCUGUUUCGCAAGAUGUUGGUGGAAAAGCUUGACGGGCAUUUGUUCGGAUCAGAGGUCCUCUCGUACGCAAUUAGCAGUUCUGCGGUCUGGCAAUUCAGGACUAGAUGUAGUUACAAUAUUUGUGGCUUUGUCACCACUGUGGACCAUGGCCAGUACCUCUCCGGCUCAGCUUCGUAGGCACAUGUGCUGUUCGCGGGCCUGCAGCAGCCGGCCACAAGAGCCACCAACCAAGAAAUCAAUCGACCCAUUCUCAACCAGAGGCUGAGCAAUCGUCAUCCUCCAUCAUCUUCAUCAUCCUCAUCACCACCAUCACCACCAUCGUCGUCCUCGUCGAGACCGUGCUGAACUUCAAUUCCACUCCAUCGCAACUCCAGCGUCCGACAAAAUGUAUUUUGAGCUAUUGUUUGCUAGUCUUGUGGUGCUGAGCACCGUAUAUAUGUGCCAUAUGAUAAACGAGGGGCAAGGAAAAUUUGGCUACCGACGCUUUCACACGACUGACGAUUACGAUAAUUAUGCGGAUAGCACCUCCGAAAGUGAGUACAAUGCGUUCCAUUUGGGCAGUCCUGGCAUUCAUUCUCCGAGAUCCAGUAGGUGGAGUAGCACUACUUUCAGCUCAGAUGAGUCCGACCGAGAGCCCGAUCAAGACCUCAAUCUCAUGGAUACACCAACAGCAGAAUCUCACCCUCCUGCAAGUCUCAGUCUCCCCAAUGGGCAGCACCCUGAUACCGUGGAGUCGGAGAUCACCGAGAUAGAAAUUGAGACCCUGGAUUCUCCAGUAUACCAGCGGCUCGGGACAGAACCUCUUCAACCUCAGUAUGCUGAAAUUCCCUGGAUUAACAACCCUUUGUUUCAAGAACUGGCAAGUUGAGGAUGAGCAGGAAGUAUGUGGAUGAUGAUUCUGCUCAGUGCAAUUGAGAAUGAAGAGGCAAAGAAUAGCAACAAUGGGGACUUUCCUUCGGCACGUCUUCACGUUUAAUGGAGUUCAAAUCAAGAGCUGAACUGUGGCUUCGAGUUUUCACGGAAUUUAUGAAAGGUUUAGCGAGCAGCAAGAGCGGUUAUGCCGAAUUUCGAGCUCAGAUCAGUCGACGCAGGGAGAUCAAUCAGCCUGUACAGAUGCAGCAGCUGACAGCUAGCCCAUGCAUGCAAUUCGACUCACGCAUCCCGAGUGACUCUGGCGUUUUGUCACAGGGCCCAUCAAAAGAGAUAACGACCGGUCCAUCCAUCUAUCCAUAAAUCCAUCGUCGUCCAGAUCUCAAUUCCUACCAUCAGUCGAAAUCUCUUUCGUAGCUCUUCCCAUCUCGUUCAUGAGAAACGCGUCCGAGCCAGCGGCUGCUGGCCACUUCCCACAUAGCCCUCAAAGUAGCUCCCAUCCAUCGACCGUCACGAGUCCCUUUGCAAGGUCUCUGCUUCGUGCACCGAGUUCCAGGAGCUUAAGAGUUUAGAAAUUUGACAGUGUUGCACCAGUUUUGAUCUUUCGGAUCAGCUCAUGUCCGGAUCCAAGCCCCGUAAUAGCUAAAUAUAAAGCUCGCAAAUUCUUAUCCGUAAGCACUUUUUCAGCAGCAGCAUUACAGUAGUCUGGGAUCUUGUAUCAUACAUACACUCAUCAGUCCGUCGGUCAGUCAGUCACUGCUAGAUCGAGCGAGAGCUAAAAAGGGGCCCACCUCACCAAAGGACAUCAACACCAGGAGCAGCAGCUGCUGUAGUUGUGACAAUACUAAGUUAGCGAGAGAUCGAAGCCGUCGGGACGAGGACGAGGACGGAGAGGAGUCAGACCAGAAUGUCGAAGCAUCGAUGUGUUGAGGAGCUUCGGGCACGAGCAAUUAAUAAAAGCAAGUUUAAUCUCUCUUCACUCAGUUGCGGCUCGCUCAUCUUUUGUCCCAGCUUCUCAUUUUGGCCAACGGAAUGUCUCUGACCGAAUCUCCUCCAGCACCUUCCUCUUGCCUUGGCCGAACCCAAAAUUCAAUGAGCCUCCCGUGAGCUGCUACUUCAAGCCCAGCCAUACCUUCCUGCCCAGACACAGCAAAUCUCAUAAGCGUAUGAUAAUAAUUAGGCCCCUUGCCCAUCCUCCAUCGUUUAGUUAAACCUACGGCUUGUGCAAUAACCUGAAGAGUUCAUCGAAGGACUACCAUCGAUGUACGUGAGCUUGACAGAAAUCUAGGCUUUCCAGCUGAGGAUUGCUCCAG